CCUCGUUGCUCUCGCUGUCUUUUGUCUGGUUGUGCUGAGCCCUGGGAAAGGGGCCGAGUAUCGUUGCGCUUUAGGCAAAAAAUAGGGUACCUCCUCCCCCUCUAUUCAGUAAACCACAUGCUAGCAGUAGUGAAAGCGCUCUAAAUCCAAGGUAACAUGGCCCUACACUGCCGAAAUUCUUUAACGGAAAUCAGCACACCCUAAGAAAACACAGGGUAGACAUCAGUUUAGUACAAUCGCAUCUAGACCAGACCCCUAGACGACAUUUAUCUAGACCGCGUUCCUAAAAUGACCCGGCAUCUCCGUCGCCUUUCUACUGCGGCUCGCAUCCUGCUCCACUCCUCCUCUCAGUUCUAGCUCAGCAUCCAUAUUUUUCGCAUCCCUGUGUGUGAAUGUAGGGAGUGGCAGACCACAUCUAUCUCAAGCCCGGGGAUUCAGGGGACUAUUUCAUUUUGGAAGAUUAAAGUUAGUCGGCGACUACCUUUUGCAUUACCGAACGUGGACUUUGUAAGUCCUGCAGGUAUAAUGGGGACACUCCAUUGCUAUACCCGCAUCUAGUGCCUCAGCAAAAGCCUUUGGUUUUUGGGAAUUUGCUGCCUAUCAGCCAAGCACCAUGAACAUGUUGAAGUCAAGUGGACUGAAGAUUCCUGGCAGGGGUCCAAAGCACUCCAGCCCUGUGGGACGAACCACUGCUGGGUCCUCUUCCGGUCCUGCUGCACAAAAAGACAACCCCCCCCACAAGCCCACCACACCGACACCCAGCAACGCCUCAGACAAGUCCAGCUCCAAAGCCUCGGAGGUCGGCGACGACGUCUUGGGGGACUUUGUGGUCGGCGAACGAGUGUGGGUCAAUGGCGUCAAGCCUGGCGUCAUCGCGUACCUCGGUGAGACGCAGUUUGCGCCGGGCCAGUGGGCCGGGGUGGUCCUGAACGAUCUGGUCGGCAAGAACGACGGCUCUGUGGGUGGCGUGCGCUACUUCGAAUGCCAGGCCCUGCAGGGCAUCUUCACCCGGCCCUCUAAGCUCACACGGCAGCCGACGGGCGACGGGGGCGAUGGCCAUGCCGGGGACGCCCUCACGGCCCAGAACCUCCAGAAUCUCCACGGCGCCGCGGUCAACGCUGCCGGCCGGCCGGUCAUGCCCCUGAGAGAGGGCGUGCUCAACAGCAAGACGGGCAACGAGUCCGGCUCCAAUAUGUCCGACAGCGGCUCGGUCAAGAAAGGGGGUGACAAGGAUCUCAGAGUGGGAGACCGUGUGCUGGUCGGAGGCACUAAAACCGGAGUGGUGCGCUACGUGGGGGAGACUGACUUUGCCAAGGGCGAAUGGUGCGGCGUGGAGCUGGACGAGCCUCUGGGGAAGAACGAUGGAGCCGUGGCAGGGACCAGGUAUUUCCAGUGCCAGGCCAAGUUCGGGCUCUUCGCUCCCAUCCACAAGGUGAUCCGCAUUGGCUUCCCCUCCACGAGCCCGGCCAAGGCCAAGAAGAGCAAGCGCGUGGCCAUGGGCGUGUCGUCGCUGGCGCACAGCCCCAGCAGCUCGUCCAUCAGCUCCGUCAGUUCGGUGGCCUCCUCCGUGGGCAGGCCCAGUCGCACCGGCCUGCUGACAGAGACGUCGUCGCGCUACGCCCGCAAGAUCUCAGGCACCACGGCUCUCCAGGAGGCGCUGAAGGAGAAGCAGCAGCACAUCGAGCAGCUCCUGGCCGAGAGGGCUGAGCGGGCCGAGGUCGCCAAGGCAACCAGCCACAUCUGCGAGGUGGAGAAGGAGCUGAGCGCGCUCAAAGCCCAGCACCUGCAGUACGCUGCUGAGGUAGAGGGUAAUCUGCAACAAGUGAGAACAUUACUGGCCACCACUCAAAAGGACAAACUAGAACUCGCCAAUCAGCUGGAAGAAGAAAAAAGGAAAGUUGAAGAUCUCCAGUUCAGAGUGGAAGAGGAAUCCAUAACCAAAGGAGACCUAGAGACACAGACGAAACUGGAGCAUGCCCGUAUACGGCAGCUCGAGCAGAGUCUGCUGUUUGAAAAGUCAAAAGCAGAGAAGCUGCAGAAAGAGUUAGAGGAGACAAUGCAAACCACAGUGGAGGAGAAGACUCGGGUGGGGCAGCUGGAGGAGGAGCUGGCUCUGCGCAAGGCCGAGGUGGAGGAGCUGAGGGCGCGGCUGCAGAGAAGCGGGGAGGAGGCGUCCGGCCUGGCCGGGACCGAGGUGUCCUCCUCCCUCUCGGACGGCGGGGCGGGCCUGAGCACCGAGGCGCUGGUCCUGCGCGAGCAGCUGCUGUUGGCAGGCCGCGAGCACCGCGAGGAGAGCAGCCAGCUGCGCGAGCGCUACGAGGUGGCGCUGACCGCCAGCCAGCGCGAGGCCGAGCGCCUCAAGGCCACCGGCGAGCGGCAGGCGCAGGAGAUCGCCGAGCUGCGCCAGCGGCUCCAGCAGGCCACGCGCGAGAACAUGGAGAUGAUGGACGGCUGGAAGGCCAAGCUGGACGGGCUGGUGGGCGACCACCAGCGGGCGCUGGAGGAGCUCAAGGCCUCGGUGACGGGGGAGCGGCGCGACGGGGCAGCCGAGGGUCAGGGCGAGGGCGAGGGCGGCGUGGGCGGUCCCACCGCCACACCUGAGGUGAGGCUGGCCAUGGAGAGCCUGCGCAUGGAGCAGCAACUGGAGAUGGAGAACCUGAAGGCCAAGCACGAGAUCGAAGUGGCCGUGCUGGCCAAGGAGCGCGAGGACUUCCGCACGCGCCUCCAGGAGCUCCGCGACCAGCUGGACGAGAGCGACGAGAACUGGAGGAUCCAGGCGGACGCUAAGAGCGGCCAGCACGCGCUGGAGCUCAAAGAGGCCACCGAGAAGCAACAGAAGGCCGAGCAGAGGCUCAACGAGCUGGAGAAGGCCCACGAGGAGCAGGCCCGUGCCAGCCAACUCCUGAAGGAGAGGCUGGAGCUGGCUGAGAAGAAGAUGGUGGACUACGAGGCUCUGCAGAAAGCAGAAGCUCAGAGCCGUGCUGAGCUGCUGACCCUCGAGGAGAAGCUAAGAGUGAGCGAGAACAGACUGCAAGCCAUAGAGGCUGACCCCACCACCCAAGACGCCAAUGUGAUAGAGGAGACUGAUAAUGCUGAGGAGAAGAUUAAAUUAAAGCAGACUAUGGAAGAAACCGUGGAGAAACUUACAAAAAGAGAAAAAGAAGUCUCAACUCUUUCGACCCAAGUGGAUGCUCUUCAGUCACAAAUUACUGCCUUGGAAAGCAAAGUCCGUUUAGGGGAGAAGAAGGUCGACGCAGUUCUCAAAGACAAGUUGCGUGUGGAGGCUGAGCUGGAGUCGAUGACCAAGAAGUCCCAUGAUGCUUCAGGACAGCUUGUCAUCAUUAGCCAGGAGCUCCUGAAGAAAGAGAGGAGCCUGAAUGAGCUGCGAGUGUUACUGCUGGAGUCCCCCCGCCACUCGCCCGGAGUGGACCGCGACCUGAGCAGGGAGGUGCACAAAGCCGAGUGGAAAGUGAAGGAGCAGAAGCUACAGGACGACAUCAAGACCCUGCGGGAAAAACUGCUGCUGCUGGGUCGAGAGAAGGUGUCCCCAGAUCACCGUAGGUACUCCAUGAUGGACCCGUCGCAGUCGGAGACGGAGGUGGCCCGUCUGCGGCAGAGGCUGCUGAGCACGGAGGAUGCCCUGAGGAACGCCCUGGACCACAACCAGCAGGUGGACCAGCUCGUGGAGGCCAUGCGCACACGCCCAGACAAGGGCCAGGCCUAUGGUGGUGCAAAUUCAGCCAAUGGUAUUCAUCAACAAGACACAUCUCUCUCAUCAGAGGAUCAACACUGAUAAAGGAGGAAAGGAGGCCAAACUGAUUGUUUUGGAAACUGAGGAGGUACAUUGUAAAGAAGAAGCAGCCAGUUUGAAGCCUAGACUUCGUACUAACGCUCCACUGGACACAUGAUUUUUGUUUUCAGUUUACAGUUAACACCAAAUCGACGACUAGCUGUCUCAAUAAACAAUCCAAAGCAUCGUAAUGAACACCUAAUAUGCCCCUUGAGAGACGAGACAGAGGUGAUGCGGUCACGGUACGAUCCUGCUGUUACCUGUAGACUACCUCCUACAUGGACAAUGUUGAUGUUUUAAAGUGAAAGAAAUUGGUCAAAAUAUGACAAGAGCUGUUGACAAAAUAUGCCAGAGACAGACCUUGGUUUGGCUUCAACAGAAAGAACACAUGUGUAACCGGGACGAUUGAUAAUUAGCCUCUAUUGAAACUUGUUUAAUUUAUUGGCAAUGUUUUUGUAUGAGACCGAUUACAAAGAAAGUUACAUUAGAGCAAAAAAGGGAGCCCUGUUACAUAUCGUUUCAAGGAACUGAGGUACAUGUUUAUCACUUAAGUAGCAUACACAUGAAUACAAAUAAAAACAGUCUGCAGGAUUUGGUCAAGGCUAGAGUUGUGCUUUCCCAGUAUUUGGAUCUUUGUUAAAAACUGUAUCUACACAAUUCAACUCAACUUCUGUGUGCAGAAAUGCCGAAUAUAUGCUACUCAUUCAAGUAACAGUAAUCUAGCUGUAACGAACUCCAUGGACAUACUUCAGUGGGUGUACGUAUGGCUACAGUUAUCAGUUUCAUAUAAAUGGGAAAAUAUUGAGACGAAUUUUACAUUACAGAAGGGAGAUAAACUGUAGAAGUACUUUCUUUCUUACUGUAACUGCUAUGACAAGAGGAUGUGGGCAUCAGUGUCAUAGUCAGGUAUCUGGUAUAAUCUGGUAUGAAAUGUAUAGGCUGAAGUAGAACACCAUCCGUAAUCUGGCUCUGUUUGCAACCUCCAACCCAAAUAUACAGAAUCUAUGUAUUCAGUCUUCCAAAUGUUAGUAUCUCAAAUUCAGCAAGAGUCCAUAGCCUUCAGACCAUUACUAUAUUUACAGUCAACAAUUAGUGGGUAUUUGGUCUUUGGAGAACUUUCUAUAGGUACUGUAUGGGCAGAGCUAUUACGACUGGGGAAAAUUCUCUGAAGAUGAAAGGGCUGGCCCCAGGCUUUGGAAUUGAAGAAUCAAAAUGUCAUUGAACUUGAAAUAUUGCCUUUUCUCAGUUGGGGAAAAAAAUCUUCAUACUCUUGAUUGCUGUAAUGUCAUUAAAUAUUAACAAUAUGGA